UACGUGUCACACGGAGCCCCGACACACCGGGAGGAGCUGCUCUCUCACACCAAGCACUGCUGGGUCUAAUACUACUAUUUAGCAACAUUAAUAUACAACUAUGUCUACCUCCCGUACAAUCAUAUGUUUACUGAGAAACGACUUGCGUCUGCACGACAACGAGCUUUUCCACUGGGCUCAAAGAAAUGCAGAUCACAUCGUCCCGCUGUACUGCUUCGACCCCAGACAUUAUGUGGGAACGUAUAACUACAACCUGCCAAAGACUGGGCCUUUCCGCCUGCGCUUCCUAUUCGACAGCAUCAGGGACCUCAGGCACACGUUACUCCACAAGGGCAGCAACCUGGUGGUGAGACGAGGGAAACCAGAGGAGGUAGUCGCGGACCUCAUAAAGCAACUGGGCUCCGUCAGUACCGUGGUUUUCCAUGAAGAGGUGAGUUCGGAGGAACUGAAUGUGGAGAAACGAGUGAAGGAUGUCUGUGCACAGAUGAAGGUCAAAGUUCACACCUGCUGGGGGUCCACACUGUACCACAGAGACGAUCUUCCAUUUAACAACAUAUCCAGGCUGCCUGAUGUGUACACUCAGUUCAGGAAGGCGGUGGAGAGCCAGAGCCAAGUGAGACCCCUGAUCCCAACACCUGAGCAGCUGAAGCCCCUUCCCCAGGGGCUGGAGGAAGGAGGCAUCCCCACAGCAGAAGACCUGGAACAAACAGAGCCUGUGACUGAUCCCCGAUCAGCCUUCCCCUGCACUGGAGGAGAAAGUCAAGCUUUGGCCAGACUUAAACACUAUUUCUGGGACACUAACGCAGUUGCAACCUACAAGGAGACUCGUAACGGCCUGAUAGGUGUGGAUUAUUCCACUAAAUUUUCAUCAUGGCUGGCGUUGGGUUGCAUUUCACCCAGGUACAUCUAUCAUCAGAUCCAGCAGUAUGAGAAGGAGCGGACAGCCAAUCAGAGCACAUACUGGGUCAUUUUUGAACUUUUGUGGAGGGAUUACUUCAAGUUAGUUGGCGUCAAGUACGGGAACAGACUGUUUCAGAUCAAAGGCCUUCAAGAAAAAUCUGUUCCAUGGAAAAAGGACAUGAAGCUUUUCGAUGCAUGGAAAGAGGGACGCACAGGAGUUCCCUUUGUGGAUGCGAACAUGAGAGAGUUGGCCAUGACGGGCUUCAUGUCCAACAGGGGGCGGCAGAAUGUUGCCAGCUUCCUCACAAAGGACCUGUGUCUGGACUGGAGGAUGGGAGCGGAGUGGUUUGAAUACCUGCUGAUUGACCAUGAUGUCUGCAGUAACUAUGGUAACUGGCUCUACAGCGCGGGCAUCGGAAACGACCCCCGAGAGAACAGGAAGUUCAACAUGAUCAAGCAGGGCCUGGACUACGACAACAAUGGUGACUAUGUGCGGCAGUGGGUUCCUGAGCUGCAGGGCAUCAUGGGAAGCGACGUGCACACACCCUGGACCCUCAGCACCGCCUCUUUGUCACACGCUGACGUCUCCCUCGGAGAGACCUACCCCACCCCCAUCGUCAUGGCGCCUGAGUGGAGCCGACAUGCUAACAAGAAACCGAGUGGCGCGGGGUCUUCAGCCAGAGGAAAGAAAGGCCCGUCUCACACUCCCAAACAACACCGUGACAGAGGCAUCGAUUUCUAUUUCUCCAAAAGCAAAAACCUGUGAUCCCCUCGCAGUGAUCACAGGAGGGAAACUCCAGUGAUGCAAACUUGGACUGUUGCUGGAAAAAUCUGCGUUCCCUCCUGGGAUGUUGCUCGAAAAGUUUUCAGAUGAGAGUUUUAGGAAAUGCACGUUCCUACUUAUGUUUGAGUGCACAGACGUGUCUUAUCUACACAUAUAUCGUAUCAAGAAGCGCCUUUUAUGGCUGUGUGCUUCCUGUUGGACUGCAGUCAUAGUGAAAGCAACUCUGUGGUUUUCCUGUAGUCAGUCAGAUGAUGCUUUUACUGCUAUUUCUACAUGUGUUUUUUUUUAAGUUGCCCUUUUAUGUCUGUUACACAAUAAAAUUGCAAAAUUGA